UAAUAAAAUAGAUAUCUAAAUUUUUGUCAACUCUUAGUAAGGGCGUCGAUGAUUUCUAGAGUAUUGACAUUUCAGUGGAGCACUCGAAUCAAAAGAUUCAUACAAAUAUUAUCAAUGAUAUUAGAAAGUCUUAGAAUCUUUCUUUUCCAAUACCAAGAAAUUUUUGUCACCAAAAAUCUCGAGACAUUUGAUUACGAUCGCAAGAUUGUGCUAAAAUGCACUGAAUUUUGAAAAGAAAGGAAGCGAAUCGGUCUAAAUCUGAAGAGUUCGAUUUACCAAGCACAUGGACUGAGCAAGUAACCAAACAGUACCUACACGAACUCGAACGGCCACGGGGUACAUCAAUUCGAACACGAUCGAACCUGGGUAUCAGAGGGUACCUCGAAGUCCGAGCCUUGAAGGAUUUCUUCCUUCAUUCCUCGUAGCUAAGAAUGAAUUUAAGUAGUUUUCUUCGAAAUUGUUUGGUCUCCGCUCUUCACUGAUAAUACUCUUUUUCUCUCUUCAACUACUUUUUAUGGUUUAAGCUUCGGAGGAGUCGCCCUUCCCGCGAAGCCUCAGUUCCAGCGAGUUGUGGAGCUUACAAGCUAUGUAAUUUUCCUUUUGGCGUUCAGGUGCAUAAUUCAAAUCACCAUGUGUUCGAAUUUAGAAGUACCUUCUUCGAUUGGUUGUGAGAAAGCUAUAUUAACUGAAGAACAGCAUAUGAAGAUUUCUGAGGUGCGGAGGCUUUUGGGGCCGUUGUCUGGUAAAUCGUCGAUUUACUGUUCUGAUCCAUCCAUUUCAAGAUACUUAAGGGCAAGAAACUGGAAUGUGAAGAAGGCAACUAAGAUGCUGAAAGCAAGUUUGAAGUGGAGGUCAGAAUACAAGCCGGAAGAAAUUCAAUGGGAUGAGGUUGCUCAUGAAGCGGAGACAGGGAAGCUUUAUUGUGCGAACUAUAAUGACCGACACGGAAGAACAGUUAUAGUCAUGAGACCGUGUCGCCAGGUUCCAUUUGUAUUAUGCAAUCCUAACAGAGAUCUACUGAACAUUUUCUUUAUUUUGAAGUUUGUGUUUCUUGUAGUUAUUUUAGAAAGAAUCAGGGAAGAAAAAAGGUGUUCUUAGAUUACCUGCCACAAUAACUCUUAUUAAGAUACUUUAGAUGGAGUCUCUAAUGCUGCACAAGUAAAUUUGACGUUUGUACUGUUUUA